AUGGAUCGAAGAGAAGAGGUGGAAAACUAUAUAAAAAAUAACCUAUGGCGCGGACACCCAGACCGAAAAAAUAAGUGUACAAACAUCCGAAAUGGGCACACAAACAUUACCUACCGAUACCGUGUUCUCGGUGAACGGUAUAGUGAACUAUACUAUACCUACAAAGAGAUCGAUCAUCUUGAAUGGGACACCCUCCAAAUGGACAAAGGCAUUUUCAGAUCGUAUGCAGAAAAGUACCAAGAACUUCUAGAACUGCAAGGUAAUUAUGAGACCAUGGAAGUUAGUACGACCAUAAGAACAAAAAAUGGCCAAAAAAUUACCACGCAAAAAGUGCACAAAGUGGAAACCGAUGGCACUGAAGUGGACCUAUGGAAAACACUGCAGCAGAUAAGAGACUCUACCAAAGAAGAUCAAAAAGUAGCGAUUCACGAGAUGGAAGGGGUUGCCCUAGUAAAUCUAAGGAAAAUGGCAGAAGUCAUCUUCCAUGGUAGCGACACACAGGUUAAAAUCUACCACGAAGGUAAUAUCAACAACAUAAAGAAGGAAAGACCUAGAUAUGGCCUGCUGAUCAACUCUGAUAACAAAUCGUACAAAGAUAUUUUGGCUGAUGUCAAAAACGCCGUUAAAGGGUCAGGGGACAUGGACAAAAUCAGAACAAUCCGCAGUACGAAGGAAGGAAAACUCCUAAUAACCCUAGACAAAGACGAGCAGGCCAUGGUGAAUAUUAAGAAGGCUCUUAGGGAAAAAACGGAAUUAAAAAUAAGACAAAUAGGGAAGGAUGAAAUGGAAGUUAUCCAUAUCAGAGGUAUGGAUCUGGUGACCACCGCGGAAGAAAUGCAAGAGGCAAUCACCAACAGGCUGGGAGAAUGGAAUGCAGAAAACCGAAUUGGAAAUAUCCGUCCCCUGGCAAAUAACACGAUUGCAGCCACCGUUUCAGUCCGAAAAGAGGACGCCGAUAUCCUCCUUAGAAACAAAUUUAUUAAAAUCGGCCUUGUUAGAGGUAGAAUGGAAAAAAGCUUAAAAGUCGAAAGAUGCACUAGGUGCUGGAGUUUUGACUAUCACAACAGAGAUACUUGCGAUGGACCAGAUAGGCAUGAUCUCUGUUUCAAAUGCGGAGAAAAGGACCACGCGUCGAGCACAUGCAAUAACGAAGCGAAGUGCCCUGUCUGUCCUGUAGAAGAAAACCAACACAAGUUUGGCACGAUAAAAUGUGCAGAGUUCAAAAGAGCCCUAAACAAGGCCAGAAACAAAGAGAAGAAAUUAAAUAGGCAAGGAUAA